GUUCUGGGGGAGAAGGACGAUCGAUUCGAAGGAGACGAUGAAGAUCUUCCACGUUCCUUGUCUACAAGACAACUACUCUUAUCUGAUAAUCGAUGAGAGCACCGGAGACGCGGCGGUUGUGGAUCCAGUUGAUCCGGAGAAGGUGAUCGCAUCAGCUGAGCAGCACAGUGCUAAGAUCAAGUUCGUACUCACCACGCAUCAUCACUGGGAUCAUGCCGGUGGAAACGAGAAGAUUAAGCAGUUGGUUCCUGAAAUCAAAGUAUAUGGAGGUUCUCUGGAUAAGGUCAAGGGAUGCACUGAUGCUGUUGAUAAUGGUGACAAGUUGUCUUUGGGUCAGGAUGUCAACAUAUUGGCUCUCCAUACCCCUUGUCACACCAAGGGUCACAUUAGUUAUUAUGUAACCGGAAAAGAAGGAGAAAACCCAGCUGUGUUCACUGGAGAUACCCUUUUUGUUGCUGGAUGCGGGAAGUUUUUCGAAGGGACAGCUGAACAGAUGCAUCAGUCAUUGUGUGUGACUCUUGCUUCAUUACCUAAACCAACACAGGUCUACUGCGGCCACGAGUACACGGUGAAAAACUUGGAAUUUGCCCUAACUGUGGAACCAAACAACGAGAAGAUACAGCAGAAGUUAGCAUGGGCCCGUCAACAGCGCCAAGCAGAUCUUCCGACAAUCCCUUCAACACUAGAGGAAGAGCUCGAAACAAACCCAUUUAUGCGCGUUGAUAAGCCAGAGAUACAGGAGAAACUCGGUUGCAAGACGCCAAUUGAUACACUGAGGGAAGUUCGGAACAAGAAGGAUCAGUGGAGGGGAUGAUAAAUGGAGAUUUUCUUACUUAUACUUUGUGUGUGUUGUGUUGAAUGAUCCUGUAAAAGGUGUUUGAACCAGUCAUGUUGAUAUUCUGUGUGAAACUGUCAACCGGUUUGGUAAACCGAAAUCAGACCGACCUGUAACUCUGUAAGCCGUACACCCUUUUGAAGUUUCAGUUUAUUGUGGAUAAUUUAGUGUCUAAUCCCGUCUUCAUCUUUGAAUGUUUCGCUUUUUGAUUUUUCCGAAAUCAAACUAAAAUUUGGUU